GUAAAUUAGUUGAAAUAAUUAAUAAAAACGUAUCGUUAUGAUGACCUCCGUGAAUCUGGACCUUUUCUGAUCAAUAAUUCAUUCUAAAUAACCAGCUGGUAAUAAACAGGCCAGUGCUGCAGGGAACACAGGAUGUCAUUAUUUUUGUGUUGUGCAGAAACUUUAGGAACGUUCAAAGCUUUCAGUUCUGAACCAAAAACAUCAGAACUUUAACUCUUUAACCACUUUCUCUUUUUACGCAGUCAUCCUACUGAACUCCAUUUCCCAUGAGCCACUGCACUUGUGUUUAGCCCCCAACACCUGUCUACCUGUCUACCUGUGUGACCCCACAGCACAUCUCUGGGCUCUCUCCCAUCAUGCCCAGCUUGUCCUUCGCCCCCCCCUCCCUGUGCGCCCCCCUCCUCCUCUCCCUCCCCCCCACCGUCACACACCUGGACGUCCCGCCUCUGUUUCGGAGUCGCUUCGUGCUGGGGGGGUACCGUCAGGUGGGGCAACCAUGGCAGCGUUACCUGCUCAGCCUCCUGCAGCUGCACAACGACUCCCUGACGGUGUGGAGCCCCCUGCUGGCCGCCGCCGUGGUGUCGCUGCGGUUCCUGAUGUUCGCCGUGCUGGCAGGAGGGGGGGUCCUGGGCUUUCGGCUGCAGGGUCCAGAAGGUCAGGGACUCUCAGCAGACGUCUCCUCGCUGCCUCUGGUCCUCUACGUGUUCUCUGCCCUCGCAUACCUGGGCUGCAGUGCUGCUGCUCACCUGCUGCAGCCACACUCGGAGCGCGCUCAUUACUCCCUCUUCUUCCUCAACAAUGUGGGCGGGGCCAUCUACCUGUACAGCUGCGCUUUGGCCCUUCACCUGUACAGCAGCGAUGCCGCCUGGACACAAAGCUUCCUGGGAAAGAUCUUCCUCCCGGCUGCAGCCGUUCUCUCCUGGACCUCCUGCGCUGCUUCCUGUUAUGUGAAAGUCCGUUCUGGCUGGACGUGCACGUUCCACAGGAAGCUCUACAGCCUGACAACCAUCUCCUCUAUCAGCCCCAUCUUCCACCGUCUCGCCACCCACAGCUGGACCAGCAGCCCGACGCCGUCGCUGCAUCUCCUCCAGGUGGCGCUGUCUCUGCUGUCGGCCUUCUUCUUCUCCUGCUCCUCACCUGAGCGUUUGUCUCCUGGCAGCUUUGACUUCCUGGGUCACAGCCGUCAGCUCUUCCACGUCCUGCUGUCGCUUUGCACCGUGGUCCAGCAGGAGGCGCUGUUCCGCGACUUCCUGUGGAGACGCCCGGCACUGGCCCGGCUCUUUGGGGCGGAGCGCCUCCUGCUGGCCUGCACCUCCUUCCUUUGGCUGACCUCCUGCUGCGGCAUGGCAGCGCUGGCGCUGAGGAGCCGUCUUCAGAACCGGACCUCCACGGCAGCAGAAGCGUGAUGCUGCGCCUCCACCCCAUAAACCCAGUAGAACCUCCUGGUUCUGGUGCUCAGUGACCGGACCACC